GCUUGAACUUGAUCUGCACCUGCUUCGGGCUCUGUAGCUGGCGACAGUCCCUUUAUACACCCUUGGGGACAGCAAAUGCUGUUGGAAAUUUGGACGACCGUCAGCACCAGAGUAUACGCGUCCUGACUUGCUCGAUAGGUUCAAAUAAUUCCUGGUUCUCAUCGCCUUCCUGUGCGCCGCUACUUCCAGUACUUCUCCCGAUCCUACAGAUACCCUCUAUACCCUUGCACCCAACGUAGGGCCUUGAUCUAGAUUCUCUGCAGCCACUAUGGACUCGUUCUUUGGCAAGAAAAAGCCCCGCGCGAGGAAUUCUUCUGCCUCGACUCACCAAGAGCUUACUGGCUCCGUGCCCUACCACAAGCUAGGGCCCCCACAGAAGUCCCCAAUGACGGUCAACACCAUGUCGCAAGGCCUACGUGCGAACCCUACGGCGGUCAUUUCUGCGCCGAUGACGAACCCGACUCUUACUGCGAAUGGCACCGAGCUCAACAAGUACGCCAUGGCGCGGAACCGCCAGGACCGCGAGCGUGCCUACCGCGAUGCGAGCCCGCUCGGCCGACCGGGCUCGCCCAACAGCUCCAUCGCGACGUCGGACUCGCAGACGCUGUACAACGACCCAGAGAGCCCGUCGGGCAGGGCGAACGGACGCCGCUACCGCGGGAGCGAAAGCGGGUCGUCCACGACCGACCUCGCGCAGCCCUCGCCAACAUCCCCUGCGAGCCGGACGCGCACAUUAAACGGAGACUCGUCUCCGUCGUCGUCGUCCUCCCGGCCCACGUCCGCGGCGCCAACAAUAGCGACCUCGCGUACGGACGAGAAGCGGUCCUCCUCGCGGUACACGCCCUCGCUGAGCUCCUUUGACUCGCACGGCCACCUUUCGACCCUCUCUUCACACUUGCAUCGCCAUGUUAGCCAUGGUGGGAGCGACUUCUUCUUCCCUCGGCCGGAGCACGACGAGGAUAUCGAGGCGUUGUUCGAGAACAUAAGGCGGACGCGCGGGUUGGGGGAGCUCCCGAACCUCACGGUGGAUCAGAAAUGGCACAUGGUGUACAGCGACGAGCAGCUGCGGUGGAAGGAGGAGAAGCAGAGAGAGGAGCAGGCGAAGAGGCAAACAGAGCCGGGGCAGGCUGCCUUCUUGAUUGAAGGUACUCCCGAGUGGUAUAUGAAGAAAUUCAUGGAUAGGACCAUUACACCAAAGCAGGCAGCGGGGUUGCAAGUGUCUCUUAGAGGGAAGGAAGUCAGUUGGUUCAGGCAUUUCGUAGAGCUGCAGGGAACGUCUGUGCUGGCGCAGACUCUUAUGCAUAUUAGUCGGAAACAAAUGCAACGGAGGAGAGAGGAUACAGAGGUCGAAUACGAAGUUGCGAAGACUAUCAAAUACAUCCUCAAUCACCCGUUUGCUGCCAACGACGCGCUGAACCAUAGCACGCUUGUCACGCAAAUCUCCUCUUCCCUGAACACGCCCCAUCUACCGACACGGAAAUUGCUCCUAGAUAUCUUAGUCUUUCUCGUGUAUUUCAACGAUGGACAAGCACACCAGCAAGUCAUCGAUGCACUACAUACCCUUAGCGAAUCGAAUCAUGAACACGGGAGCUGCUAUACGUUCUGGUUCAAGUCAUUUGAGCAGUCGCUUAUCGGUCGUGGGCGGAUGGGGACACUAGUCGGCGCGAGUGAGGAGAUCAAGCGACAUGGAGGUGUAGAUCCUUCGCUCAACGAUUACACCACGUCUAACCUGCUUCUCAUCAAUGGUAUUUUCGAGAAAAUGGACGACUUGGACAUGCGGAUUCACCAUCGCGCCAUGAUGGAAGCGGCAGGCUUGCAAGGCAUCGUCCGGCAAUGUCGUACUUUCGCAGUCGAUGCCAUCGAGAAGCAGCUCAAUAAGCUGCAGCAGAACCUCGAUGACGACGAGCAGAAGCUGAAGGAGCGGAUGGACCACGAAAUCCUGAGGGAUCUCGCGAACCCUGAGGACGUCUUCAACGCAUUGAAGGCCAAAGUAGCAGAUAGCAAGGCUCGUGACUACCUGUUGUCGAUGUUGCAGCAUCUGCUACUUAUCCGGGAGGAAGGGCCCGCCCUGGCCUACUACUUCCAAAUUGUUGACGGGGCAGUCACAGACCUCGUGAUGGACAAGCAGCUGGGCGGUGGUGAAGCUCGUCUUGGUCGUUCCGUUGAGCGCAUCAUCGCUCAGUUCAACGAGGCCGAUCGGUACCAGAAUGUUGAGGACGAGCUUGCCAGAGCUCAGGCGAACGCCCUGCGGCUGAGGCUAGAGAAGGAGGCUUUGGAGGAGGAAAUUGCUCAGGGUGGCGAAGGCUUGGUAUCGACGCUCAAAGACAAGACUUCGCGCCUUGAGCAAAAGCUACAGGUCUCGCGGGAUAAUACUGCCAAGCUCCAGGCACAGAUGGAGGCGCAGAAGCUCAACUACGAGGAACAGAUCCAGCAGCUGGAGGCGCAGAUCAUGGAACUCUUCCGGAUGCUGAAGGAAGUGGGCAAGGGCGUCAACCAUAUCAUCGAGAACUCGGGAGGCAUGGACCGCAAGACGCUCAUAGAGACUCUCGAGAAGCACCUCCAGCGCGAUAAAACGAUCGGCAUCCUCGAGGGCCGUGACAGGCGACGAAAGGCCAAGGGCGUUAAUGGACAGGCGGGCCAAAGCGAGGACUCUGAGGGCACCGCGGACGAGGAGGACACGCCGACGAAAGCUGGCAGUCUUCGCAAACGUGCCGGUGCAUCGAACAUGAAGCGCAGCAAAUCUGGGAAAUCUGUAAGUGUCACCGACGCUCAGCGCGCCUCAGAGGCACAGAAUGGUCGUUCGUCACAGUUCAUGGACGCAGACGAGGCAAUCGUCCAGGAGCAGAUACAGCAACAAAUUGCUCAAGGUGUGAAAAUAUAUCCACCACGCGAUGGACCUUCAUAUAGCCCUAGAAGCAUACGCGGCUCGCCUCGACGUCCGCACCUGCGCUCGCAACUGGGAGAGUUUGCUACAUCUCCCACUACGUCUGGCGGACUGCUGCUAGCACCCGCAGAUGAACAUGGUGAGCAGAGCGAUCAGAGUAUGCUCUCUGGUGCGGAAGGUGAUGAGGGCAACUACGAUGGUGUCCGCCGCUCACAAUCCACAAGAAGCAUUAGGAGUGUCGCGUCGACAAAUGCGACUUCUGUUGCUUCCGCUUCGUCGUCUCGCACAUCGAGGACUCCGGUGCCAGGGUCUCUGGCUGAGGAGCUUCGGAGGCAGCUCACGCUUAAGGGUCGACCACCUUCCGAACCUAGCCCUGACAACUCCCCAGCGCAGACAUUACCGACACUUCCAGAAGAGGCAGAACAACAUGGAGGCGCCUCGUCGGAUGGCGUGCCGCCACCGCCACCACCCCCGCCACCUAUGGCAGGGCUGGGCAUUGCAGGCAUUGCGGACGCGCCGCCGCCGCCGCCACCACCACCGCCGCCGCCGCCGCCUCCAGGGACGCGAAUGGCUGUUCCUACUGCGGGCGGCGCUCCUCCGCCUCCUCCGCCUCCGCCUCCUCCACCUCCAGGUCACCGUGUGGCCGUGCCCACCGCCAUGGUCGGCGCGCCGCCGCCGCCGCCACCUCCCCCACCACGCGGACCGUCACCCUUCGGUUCUCAACCAGGCUCUUCUGGACAGUCUCCUUUACUCGGUGCAAACUUCCAAAACCUGCUUAACAUUCGCAAGGACAUUUUGAUCACGCCGAGCGUUAAGCUGAAGCAGCUGCAGUGGGACAAGCUGCCGCAGCAGCAGGUCACGAAGACUGUGUUCAACGACGAGCAGCCCGAAAAGGAGAACGAAUGGAUCAAGAAGUUCCAACUGGACGGGGUCUGGACUGAGAUGGAGGAGGACUUCAAGGCUAAACAGCUCGUUAUAAACCUCAUGGCUAAACAGAAGCGAGCUGAACUGAAGAGUGUGCUCGACCCGCAAACCAAGAAGCGAGUUGAGAUCCUCAUCCAAACUGUCAAGAAGCUGGAGCCCGAAGAAAUUGCCAUGAAAAUCAAGCAUUUCGACCAAGAAGUCUGCACAGAGGUCUUCCUUAGCGAGUUAAAGCCGGUGUUGCCGAAUCCUGAGCAGGUCGGCAAGCUCAACGUCUACAGAAAUGCAGACCCAGAAGAACUUGCAGGCCUUCAUCCCUCAGAUCGGCUCAUGGUGCAACUCAUCAAGAUCGAACGCCUUGGUCCACGUAUUGAAGGCAUGCUCUACAGGCGGAAGUUCGACGAGACGUGGGCGUUAUUGGACGAUAGCGCGCGAAAGUUGUCCGAGGCUGGCACUGCUUUGCUGAAUGCGAAGUAUUUUAAGGAGCUGCUCAGCCUGAUCCUGCUCAUCGGUAAUUACAUGAACGGCACCGGUGUGAAGGGAGGUGCCUUUGGCUUCAGGGUCAGCAGUAUCAACAAGCUCGUUGACACCAAGUCGCUGCACAAUACAACCCUGCUGCACUUCCUGGAACGAACAGUCUCCAAGCAUUUCCUGGAUAUGGAGCACUUCCUGGACGAGCUUGCAGCCCCUGCGGAGGCUUAUCGAGUCAACUUGCAGGAUGUCCGUAAAAGUCUGACCGAACUACGCGAAGGUCUCAAACGCAUCAAGCAAGAGCUUACGGAUCACUUCUCGGAUCCUGAGCAGGUCGAUCGGUAUGGCAAGCAGAUGUGGAACUUCGUCCGGAAAGCAACUAGCCAGGUCGAUGACUUGGUUGACGACGUCAAUCAUGCGGAUACAACCUUCAAUGAUGUCGUCAAGUACUAUGGUGAAGAUGAACGGAAUAUGAGCUCGUCUGAGUUUUAUGGUAUCUUCAAGACGUUCGUGACAUCUUACAAGAAAUCCAAAACAGACAACCUGGCUCUAUUCGAAGAGAAGGUGGCGGCUGAGAAGCGCAAGCAAGCCUCCGAGGAAGCGAGACUCCACCGGGAGAAGGCGAGGGAGGCGGCAGCACAAGACGACACCGAGAACAAUGCUGUCCUGGAUGACCUGCUCGAGAAGCUCCGCAAUGGGGAUAACGUCGGCAGGAAAGCACGCAGGACACGGCCGACCCCGACUGCUCGACCUGCUGCGCCCCUUGAACUCAGCGCUGCAGGAUUGUUGGCCGCCACACAAGGAAACGGCAACGACACUGUGGACAUCGCAAGAGACAUGCUCGCGCGCCUCAAGUCGGAUGGGUUCGAUGCACUGGCACCGGCGUCGCCCACUGCGUCGACGUCAUCGUCCACGCCGCACAGGCGAUCACGGAGGAGAAUGCGUGGCAUCUCUGAAGACUUGGAGGGGUCGUCUCGAUUGUCUUCUAGCGAUGCCCUCUCGGACAGUGGGCAUAUGCACGAAGGGUCACUAGGCUCUGUGUCUGAACUUAUGAUUGGCAUACACGGGGAAGACGAGGCUGAAUCUGUAGUGGCUACGCCUGUGUCCGAACCCCAAGCUGAAACUACUCCGGAGACACCGCCGGAGGAGCCAGUAGAGGCGGCCGAAGGCAGGACAGAGGUUCAAGACGACGCUUAAUGGGUACCCAACGGACGAUUAUCUCCAUGCUUUGAUUUUCGCUCAGAUUUAUCCUGACACUCGCAAUUUUGUUGUAUUAGGCACUCCUACUCCCGACGUGUAUCUCUGGAUCCUUUCUUUCGACGCGGACCAUUGCUGGCAGAUGGUAUUUGGCUAGACACACUGAUUAAUUUUCCAUGCAACUACUGUAACUACGACAUGCAAGCUGUAUAUUUUCGUAUGUUUUCGCGGAGAGCGCUUGUCGUGGCUUCG